CGAAUUUCGGAAUUCUUCGCGGUCAUCGGCGGUUGUCCCAUCCCUAUUGUUCGGAUAAUAAACGCAAAAAUGACCACAAAUACGGACGAGCGAAACUUCAGAUCCAUCUACUACGAAAAAUGCCAAAUAAACAGCGUAGAGGAACAAAAGUCGCUAAACAAAUUACUACAGGAUGACAUCCGCAACCUCAGCAAGCUCAAGCAGUUCUGCAUGAACUACACGGUGCCGAACAACAAUAGGAGCUAUCUGUGGGCUCUGGUCAUGGGUAUUCUUCCGCUCCACAAAGCGUCCACGUCGUAUAUACGCGACCAGAGGCGCGAAAUGUACGAAGAUCUGCUGCGAGCUGUAACUGUGCUCCGAUGUACCGAUCAUAAGAAGAAGGAGCAGGUCAUGCACACCAUGUGGCUGAUGGAGUCCAAUCGACUAUGGCAUGGCAAUACUACUGCCAGUCUCCAGGCCGAUGACAUGCAUUUUAUAGAGAUUGUGCGCACGUUGCUGCAAAUAUUCAACGACGACGUGGAAACCUACUGGAUAGCAAAGGGAUUUUACAAGUACACCCGUGAGCUGAAGAAGGAGUGUGUCAAGCUGAAGGAGCAGACGCAGAAUAUGCUGAAGCGCGAAGAUCUGUCCUUGCUCAAUCACCUGGAGCUUCUGGGCCUGUUUGAUGCCAACUCAACGCUGGUGGAUAACUGGUACAUAACUUGCUUUGCUGGUAUCAUCUGCACAACUGAUUUGGUCAAGAUAUGGGACAAAGUCUGUGGAGGAUCCCGAAAGAUUGUUGUUUUCCUGUUUGUAGAACUAGUCAAGGACAUAAGGUCCUUGAUACUGAAGCAAACAUCUUUAGCAGACGUCAAAAGACUGAUAGAAACGGUGAAGGAUCUCGACGGUGUUAUUAUCGUAAACAAGGCCAUAAAAUCGCUGCAAAACAACAGCAGCGAAGUCGAGUACACUCACUAAGUAAAUCUACAC